UGUAGUUAACUGCACGAGGGGCGGAUGACGCUUGUUAACCUUUGCAUGAAGUGACAGGAUAACAUGUAUGGGAGGUUCUGUUACAUCUAGCACAUCGACUGCAUUCUGUCAGGAUGAAGUUUGCGAUAUAUGUUGUGUCUGUCCUCCUCUCAUCUGUGACUGGCCUUGCGUGGCUUACAAGAAGAGAGAGUGACCCAGGACCAGACCUUAGUUGCCUUAGCACUACGUGUGAGAACGUAUAUGCACCUGUCUUCAGGAUCAUGAGCAGACCAACGUUUAGCUAUCUUAUCGAAGAUGGCAGACUGAGUCUUGACUGCAGCCAACAGACAAGGACUAUCGCAGAUGAAUGUCAAAGCUCUUCAGUGGACUGUUUCGCGAGUAUUUUGCUGCCGGACCUAGCCAUUGCCCUCAAUCUGUUCUGUCUCCACCAAACAGAAAUCGAGGAAGAGGCGUCAUGUUGGACCAGUGAUAACUUGCCAGGGGCUGUUGUUUCAUGUCGAUAUGAAAACAGAGUUGCCUUUGUCGAGUGUGUUUACCACAGAGUAAGCAGUCUCACCGAGUGCACUGAAACUACUGGCGCCAUCUUCAGACAGUUGCUGUUGGCUUUUGGACCUUAGACGUAUCCAUGCAUACAGAAACAUGAACAAAACUGGACAAAAACAACAUGUCAUGUUUGCCAAUAAACUGGUUUGCAUUAA